AGCCUGUACUUCGAACGAACAACUGGACAUUUCCUUGUAAUGCUUGGUAACGUUAUUAAUGGUAAGGACGAGGACUUGCUAACACUUAUUUUACCACCGUCCCACAAAAGAGGAACAUGGACGUGACGCAGAGUGGUGGGGACACUGUGGACGCAUUGAAAUUGUCUUCAAAGAAAAGGUCAGAUGCAAAGCCCGCAGGCAGUAGUAAGACUGCUGAGGAAUUGGACUCUGCCCCCCGCAGCAGUAAAACAGCAGACUCUGACCCUUACCGCUACAAGAUGGACUAUCCCUGCAUCGGAACCUGUCUGAUUAUCAACAAUAAGAACUUCCACAGUAGCACAAGGAUGAGUGCUCGGAACGGGACGGAUGUAGAUGCUGCUGCUGCUAUUGAGACCUUCUCUAAGCUGGGUUAUAAUGUCAAUGUGAACAAUGAUCAGACCGUGGCGGAGAUGAAACAACUGUUGUCUAGUGCAUCCAAGGAGGACCACAGUAAGAGUGCAUCAUUUGUAUGUGUGUUGCUAAGUCAUGGAGACGAGGGCGUGAUGUAUGGCACCGACGGCGCUGAAAAGUUGGAGGAGCUGACAAAAUACUUUAAAGGAGACCGCUGUAAGAGUCUGGUGGGGAAACCCAAGCUCUUCUUCAUACAGGCGUGCCGUGGGGCGGAGCUGGAUGACGGGAUUGACACCGACAGUGUCGAUGCUCAAACAUCCGAGAGGAUUCCUGUGGAGGCCGACUUCCUGUAUGCCUAUUCCACCGCUCCAGGCUACUACUCAUGGAGAAACGUGACCAACGGCUCCUGGUUCAUGCAGGCGCUGUGUGAGAUGUUGAUGCGAUUCCGCGGAGAGCUGGAGCUGAUGCAGAUCAUGACCCGCGUCAACCGCAAGGUGGCGCUGCACUUUGAGUCCUCCUCCAACCUGCCGGGAUUUAGUGGCAAGAAGCAGAUCCCCUGCAUCGUCUCCAUGUUGACCAAAGACUUCUACUUUCCUAAAUUCUAAGCAUGAAAACUGCUAACCUGUGGGAAACCAUG